AUGACGACUACUAGUCAGACUAGUGAUAGUCUCUAUUCAAAAGAAUCUUUCUCGAAUGAUUUCAUAGAUCUUGAUGAUUGGCUUGUUUCACUGAAGAAUGGAGAAGCAUCAUCAACAUCCACUUAUAAUACAAAGCUUAAUGCUGAAAUUCAUUUGGCUAUCACUGCAGAACCUGCAGAGUAUGCAUCAUCACUUUGUGAUAAUCUCUUCAUACUUUAUCGCGAUGUGCAAUAUCGAUCAUUUGUACUGCAAUUUCUUCCGUCAUUCAUCACAACCUACUAUGAUGUACUUCAUCGUCAUCCGGAAUCGACUGAUGUUACUGCUAAGGAUGUUUGUUCAACAAUUGAUACGUUCCUUAUCGCCCUUUACAAUCUAAGUGUUCUUGACGAUGCACAUCAUGAAAAAAUUCAUGGAUUUCGCAUUCCAAAUUUAACUGCACCAUCAAUUUAUCAUACACCGAACCCUGACUAUUAUGCGCCCACACCGCUUACUCAACAUGCAAUUUCAAAACAUGAGAAAAAAUGUGACGUUGUUCGUUUGCAUUCAUUUUCUCCAUUUGAUUCAGUCAAUGCAACAACAAGAGAACAUAUUCUUUGGUUUCUACUCAUUCAGUAUGGAUCAAAUGUAUCAAACGUGGAUAUAUAUUCUCGACAUUCAUAUUUUAAAAUGUCAAAAAAAUUACUCAGUCAAGGUUUUUCAUUCGGUGAAAGUAUUUCAACACAAGAAAAAAAUUCUAUUUUACCACCUAAUGGUCGUCGAAUACAUCUAUCGAGUAGAGUCAUAGCUGAACUUUUAGGAGCAAUAUUCUACUUCAAAGCUAAUUCAUCAGAUAGAGAAGCAUCUGAAUGUAUGCGUUUAUUAAAACAGCGUGCUGAGUAUGAAAUGUAUGCUGAUGUGAUUUUAAUGACAGAAUCGAUGAGUUAUUUACAUGAAUUUGAUAAUCAUCAACUUGAACAUCAAGAUACAAUUGGUAUUGAAAUUGAAUUACCACCAACAAUGGAUAUGGUCAAACAAAAACGAACAGCAACAACAACCCGCUCAAUGAAAAAUAGACAACGUUCAACAAAACGUUACCAACAAAAUGAAACAGCUAUUAUUGAGAAUGAUUUACCGAAUGAUACAAUAGAACAUUUAAAUGUUGCUCCGGUACGAACUGAUGCUACACCAACAGCAGUAAUACCAGCAACAACAACAACAACUAGUCAACUACAUAAAUCAUUACUAGAUAUAUUUGAUGAAAGUUCACCAACAGAUAAAUUUCUACGUUCCAUCGACAGAAAAACAUCAUCAUUAUCAUCAUCAUCAUCAAGUGAACAACAUCAUGAAAGAAAAGCAUCAGAUGACAAUCAAGAUGUAACAACACCAUUGAUUGAUGAAAUGAAGACAUACAUAUCAUCUUCGAUUGGACUAGCAGGAUCAAGUUCAUCGCCGUCAUCAACUCGCCAUUAUAAACCAAUGUCAUUGACAUCAACACAAGCAUAUUUUAAAACAAUUCAACAACAACAACGUGUUUCAUCGCCAAAUAUACAAAAUGUUCAAACUAUGUUACAUCAUGUUGAUAAUGAUGAUUCCAUUCGACCGCAUACAUCUAGUAUGAGACAUGGAGAAAAAAAAGAUAUUAUUACUACAGUUCGAUUUCUGGGAACAGAUCAAAACGGAGAUAAUGUUAAAGAAACAUUUUUGUAG